GUCAAUGAUUAGUCCCCAGAAGGGACUGUUUCCAAAAGGAGCCGACCAGAAACGGGCUGCGGACACGGCUGGGCUGACAGAAGGCGGCCCACGAGGCCUUUGGCUCUAAGGACCCUGGGUUAGAGCGACUUCUCUAGCCCACGCAGUGGGUGUUGGUCUUACUCAGAGAGUCCAGAGUUGCAGUUCAGCAGGAUGUCCCAAAUUCUCAGAUAGGGCCCAGCUACCCUAAGCAUAGCCAGAAAGGGCAGGCUCUGGUAUGGAAGUACUGGGCUAGGCGUUUGGGUGACCUGGGUCAUAAUCCUGGCUCUGAAAGGGCGCAUACUCAUUGGCGAGGGAUGCAGGCUGUUACCGUCAGGUUUAAGAAGCAAAAAACAUGACAGCCUCUUUAAGUAUCCCUGCGUGCGUCACUUGACCCCAGUGAGCCUCAGUUAAAAUGAGCCUCCAUAAAAUGGUGAUGGUAAUUAUACUGGCCUCAUAGUGUCUGAUGAGAUCUCUGGGGCUUGUUUGUCUCACGGGAAAAUGUUUAAAGAGUGAAACUAGUUGAUCUGUAAGUGUCCUCCCAGUUAAGAGUCCGUGAUUUGGCAAAGGGGUUGUUGGGAAGUGAGGUUAGCAAUUAGCUGAGAGGAAGAAUUGACUGGCUUUGUUUUUACUUGGUUUACCUGUAAGCAGAGUGUGGGCUACACAUCUGUAGUCUCUGAGGCUAGAGUCUGACUCCGAGAGAGGAAAGGAAGAAUGCAAACAUGGUCAAGUGGCAUAGGUGGGUUAAGUGCUUUUCUGUUCCCAAGUUAUCUUCUGCGUGCCAGUGUGAAGCCAAGGAAGGGAAAAAAAAAAGUGAAUUCACCCGUAGGACAGGGAAGGAGUAGCCGUGUGAGGUUGGGUGUGCCUAUUUACGUGAUUUCUCUCGAUUCAGCGAGUCAUAUGUUGGAAACGUUGGGUAGAUUCAAGAACGACCGCUCCUCUCUGGGGCUUUCAGAAACUUGUCUUUGAACUGAAUUUUCGUGAGCCAACCGGUGUGGAAUUGGGGGCCCCUCCCUUCCUCCAGGCCUCCUGGCGAUGGAGUAGGCAGCAGGCGCCCCCUUGUGCCGAGGAAAGAGUACUGUUGCCAUUGGCCAACUUGGCUCCCUUUCUGGGAAAAUUUUAUUUUCCUGUGGCUUCUGUGACUUUGUCGUCUUGCUCUUGACAUGAGAUUUGAUGGGAAGAAUACGUGGGUCAGUGAUUUCAUAUCUAGAGUCAGUGAACUGCUGAUGCUGUAUCCGGUCCCUACCACUUCGAUUCAUUCAGAACACAAGUUUAAGAUGCCUGUUUGUGUUCUAGGCCCUGGGAUAUAGUUGUGAUAAAAAGCCUCUGCCCUUAGCAACUUAAGCAAUAGCAAUAAAGGAAAUAGGGCAGAAUGUAGCGAGAGCAUAGCACACUGGCUAGUGAGGAUCAGAGAAUUUCAGAAACAAGUGAUAACUACAAGUUUGGUUGGUAUUUGCCAGAUAAGAAAGAGUCUUCCAGCCCUCAAAUUUUUCAGAUCAAAUUUUUUUUUCUUUUAGGCAUAGUUCUUCACUUCAAAUUGAUGAGCUGCCUCUGAUGCUUUUGCUUCCCUUUUGAAUUUCUCAGGCUGGUGUUUGAAAGUUCUUAAGGAGCCAUUAUGACUUCUUUUAGCCUAAGGAAUUGUAAAAGAUGCUUUAAAGUGCGUUCCUUGCCUCUGAGUGGCUUUGCAGUUGUUUAUACAUUGCUACCAUCCCAACAAAGAGAUGGAAAAUAACAGUUUUCCUCAUCCCUGGUAGUCUACUCUGUUUCAGCAGUGUGAGCUGGCUGAGGUCCUGCUGAGUGGUGGUUUUCUUUUCCUUUCCCACUUAACAGACCAGCUGAACACACAUCAGAGAGCUAAGCUACAGUGUGUAGUCAUUAUGGUCUUCCAGUAUGGUUUUAUGCCCCACUUUGGGGACUCUGGUUUGGGACCUCGUUUAUUAUUCUGGGCAAGAGGAAAAGGGCACACACCAAAUAAUAACAACCACAACAUAGAUUUGAGUAGAACUUCACACUUUGGUCUGUUUCACCAUCAUGACAAUUUUGUGAGAUAGACAAAAAAAAAGUUUGCUCCCAUUUUUUAUAUAAAGAACUGAGGCUCAGAGAGACUAAUAAGAACUUGUAAGCAACGGAGUCAGGACUUGAACCCAGAUCUUUUGCUCCUGCAGAGGUGCAUUCAAGAGGCUUUAAAAGAUUUUCUGUGACCUUGGCUUUCCAGCUACCUGCUUAUCUGUAUGGAACUUUCCCAAUGAGAAUUCGGUGCUUCAGAGUGACACCUGCGAAACCCAUUUACUGUCAAGAUGCUUUCCCCUCAUCUGGGAAGUUAGAAGCCUGAGGGAGCUCAAUCCUGGUAGCAACACCCCUGAAUUCCUGGUGGUGAGAGGAUGUGGCCCCAGGAUCCAUCCCGGAAGGAGGUGCUGAGGUUUGCAGUCAGCUGCCGUAUCCUGACUCUGAUACUCCAGGCCCUCUUCAAUGCCAUCAUCCCAGAUCACCAUGCAGAAGCCUUCUCUCCUCCUCGUCUGGCCCCCUUAGGCUUUGUGGACCAACUUGUGGAAGGUCUUCUGGGUGGCCUGUCUCGCUGGGAUGCUGAACACUUCCUGUUCAUUGCCGAGCAUGGCUAUCUGUAUGAGCACAACUUUGCCUUCUUUCCUGGUUUCCCCUUGGCUCUGCUGGUGGGGACUGAACUGCUGAGACCCUUACGGGGGUUACUGAGUCUACGCAGCUGCCUGCUGAUUUCAGCCGCAUCACUCAAUUUCUUGUUCUUCAUGUUGGCUGCAGUUGCUCUUCAUGACCUGGGUUGUCUGGUUUUGCACUGUCCCCGCCAGGCCUUUUAUGCAGCUCUGCUCUUCUGUCUCAGCCCUGCCAAUGUCUUCCUGGCAGCCGGUUACUCAGAAGCUUUGUUUGCCCUCCUGACAUUCAGCGCCAUGGGGCAGCUGGAGAGGGGCCGAGUCUGGACUAGUGGACUCCUCUUUGCCAUUGCUACUGGGGUGCGCUCCAACGGGCUGGUCAAUGUUGGCUUCCUCAUGCAUUCUCAGUGCCAAGGCUUUUUCUCUUCUCUUACGAUGCUGAAUCCCCUGAGACAGCUCCUUAAGCUGAUGGCCUCUCUGUUUCUGUCAGUGUUCACACUUGGCCUUCCCUUUGCCCUCUUUCAGUAUUAUGCCUACACUCAAUUCUGUCUGCCAGGCUCAGCCCGCCCCAUUCCUGAGCCCUUGAUACAGUUAGCUGUAGACAAGGACUACCGGAUUGCAGAGGGAAAUGAACCGCCUUGGUGCUUCUGGGAUGUUCCACUAAUGUACAGCUAUAUCCAGGAUGUCUACUGGAAUGUUGGCUUUUUGAAAUACUAUGAGCUCAGGCAGGUGCCCAAUUUUCUACUGGCUACACCAGUGGCUAUACUGGUUGCCUGGGCAACUUGGACAUAUGUGACCACCCACCCUUGGCUCUGCCUUACACUUGGGCUGCAAAGGAGCAAGAACAAUAAGACCCUAAAGAAGCCCGAUCUUGGAUUCCUCAGUCCUCAGGUGUUUGUGUACCUGGUCCAUGCUGCAGUGCUGCUGCUGUUUGGAGGUCUGUGCAUGCAUGUUCAGGUUCUCACCAGGUUUUUGGGCUCCUCCACUCCUAUUGUGUACUGGUUUCCAGCUCACUUGCUUCAGGAUCAAGAGCCGCUAUUGAGGUCCUUAAAGACUGUGCCUUCGAAGCCUCUAACAGAGGACUCCCCACCAGGACAAAAGGUCCCUAGAAAUCCUAUCAUGGGACUUUUGUAUCACUGGAAAAUCUGUUCUCCAGUCACACGAUACAUUCUAGGCUACUUCCUGACUUACUGGCUCCUGGGACUACUCCUUCAUUGCAACUUCCUGCCUUGGACAUGACCGGGACUCUCCAGGGACAGGCUGAAAGCCGACUUAACCCAGGGGUCUGAAAGUAAAACUACACGUUGGAACUGCCUGUGCUGCCUUGGGAUCAUUGCUGUGUCCAUUAUAAUCUCUCUCUUUGAAAGCUGGUCGGGAAUGGGAGAAGUGUCAGCCACUAGAGAGCCCCUUCUGGUCCUGGCUAGGGCAAAUUUUAGAGUAACAAUAUUUUCUGUAACUGAAGAUUGUCUUAUUCCAAGUCUGAAGUACACCUGGAUCUGUCUAGUCAAUCAACAUAGCAGAGACAGUCUUACACCUACCACUGACCUGCGUGUAAUUUAAAUAUCAAUUAUUGAAAUGUAAAUUUCAUCAAAGCUAUUAACUGACAGGCAGCUAACAGUCCACACAAGAUGGUACAGGCCUAAACAGUGUAGUGGCAGUAGUGAAGUGGGACCAUUUUUUCUAACUGGGACAUUGUUUCUGAUGAAUUUUUUUAAUGAUUUGUGCAUUUUUAUUUAUAUGAAAAAAAUCUUACAAAGAUAUACAAAUUAAACUUCUUUCAGUUA